CGCACCCGCGCCCGCGCCCUGAGGAGACCGCGGUAGGGGCGCCGGGUCUCAGCGGCGACGGCGCAGCCCGAGGGUGGCGGCGCGCCGGCUUGGGGAGUCCCGCCGAGCGGCGGCGACUGUGCCCGCAGGCCCUGAGCGACUGGAGGACGUGGCGGCCGGGCCGUGCCCACGCUAACACAAAGAGAAUGAAAGAAGUAGAUAAUCUUGAAAGUAUAAAAGAAGAAUGUUUUAUUUUUUGUUUAGGGUUUGCGAAGCAGGAUCUGACAAUCAACCACUUGAUGACAAUCAGCAAAGGAAUUGUGAAUAUUUUGUGGAUAGCCUUUUUGAGGAGGCUCAGAAGGUUGGAGCCAAGUGCUUAUCUCCCACUGAACAGAAGAAACAGGUAGAUGUAAGUAUAAAAUUAUGGAAAAAUGGAUUUACAGUCAACGAUGAUUUCAGAAGUUAUUCUGAUGGUGCAAGUCAGCAGUUUCUGAACUCCAUCCGAAAGGGGGAACUACCUUCAGAAUUACAGGGAGCUUUUGAUAAAGAGGAGGUAGACGUGAAAGUUGAAGAUAAGAAGAAUGAAGUGUGUGUGUCCACGAAGCCUGCCUUCCAGCCCUUCUCGGGGCAGGGGCACAGACUGGGCAGUGCCACACCAAAAAUUGUUUCUAAAACAAAGACUGUUGAAGUUGAAAGUAAAAAUAAUUUGUCUGCUGUUGCACUGAAUAACUUGGAGCCCAUCACUAACGUACAGAUCUGGCUAGCCAAUGGGGAAAGGGUCAUCCAGAAAUUUAAUGUUUCUCAUAGGGUGAGUCACAUCCGAGACUUCAUUGAGAAGCACCACGGGUCUCAGACAGCGCCGCCCUUCUCCCUGGCCACCGCGCUGCCCUUCCUCAGAUCACUGGACGACACGCUCACCCUGGAAGAAGCCGACCUGCGGAACGCUGUGGUCAUUCAGAGACCCCGGAUUUCCGCCCAGCCCCUCGGGGAGCACUCGUAGCGCUGGUGCUGAGCCGGGAAGGGCAGGAGCGUGGGGAACUGGGGGUGCCUGCUCAGAAGGGGCGCCGGGGGAGGCAGGUGUGCGGACCGCGGGUCUAGGGGGUUUAUUCUUCCCCACCGAGAAGUCACGGUGACGAGAAGCUACAUUUUCACAUUGUUUUCCAAAAACUGCUCAGAAAAAAAAAUAGACUUAUUUUCAAAAUACCAGGUAGUCAACAUAAAAUAAAUAUGUUUUAGAAUUUUAAUAAGGGCCAGAUGAUAUUAUGCAGGUUAAAAGCUUCAGUGUAAUUAUUCUGUACUUCAGACAUAAUCAGAAGUCUGGGAUGAGCUGAGUAUGGUGGUGCACGCCUGUCUGUACGGUGAGGUCAAGGCCAGCCUGGGCACAUGGCAAGGUUCUGUCCCAAAACAAGACAGAAGCUAGGAUGACCUGUUCUUACCUUCGCUGUGUCUAACCUCAGAGAAUUCUCAGUUUUCACUCUGUGCAGGGAAGAUGUAUUCACAUAUUUAUUGGUACCAGUUUAUAAGUUGUAUCUUCACUUAGGAGUAAAAUUGCUCAGUUUAGAGUCAUGUCAGCAUUAUCUGCCUACUCACCUUCCUAUACUUUCUAAACUUAAAAAGAAAUAAUAAUUCUCUCCAGGAACCCAAAUUCAUUGGUUCCCUCAGCACCUGAAAAUUAGAAGUUUGUUUUUAGCUGGCAUUUGGGAUUAGCCGUGCACCUGCUACUGUUCACUUAGAAUAUGAGAGUUGAGCUCUGUGUUCACUAAAGGAGUAUGCGUCCUGAUGAGCCAAGGAAAGCAUGCUUUGUGUAUUAGGCUUUUAACACACCCAGCUGUAUUCAAGUAUCUCAGUUAGACCAAGGGUCCACUCUUAGCCGAGUGUGGUGGUGCACACCUGUGAUCCCAGCACUUGGGAGGCUGAGCAGGAGGAUCAAAGUGAAUUUGAGGCAGCCUGAACUUAAUAGCAAGAACCUGUCUCAAAACAACAGCAACAGCAACAACAACAACAAAAAAAACUCUUGGAAAUAAGCUUAAGGAGCUAUUUUGCAAAAGAUCUGUUCAGUCAGAUUAAAAAUAAAGUAUACAUUGAGUCUGGCAAGAAUUAUGUGGCAUAAAAAACAGUAAUGCUCAUGGGGUGUUGGACUAUGCUGAAAAAUUUGGGGGCUCAGAAUCUUUUAGUGGGCAAUAUGUGAAUAUAUAUGCAAAAUCCAAAGUUCUAAACUGUAUUUGCUUUAGAAUAGUAAUUUUGCAAGCCAGGCAUGGUGGCACAUGCCCAUAGUCCCAGCUGCCCAUCAAGGCUUACGUGGGAGUGUCACUUGAGCCUAGAAAUUCAGGGCCAGCAUGGGCAACCCCUGGAGACCUGGUCUCUUACCCAUGAACAGUGGUACCUCGGUUUUCGAGCUUAGUUCUCCCUGAUUCUGGUCACAAACCAAACUGGUCAAGAAGCAAAGGUGAACACCAAACUUGACCUGAGUUAGGCUUGGUUCUCCUGCAGCUCCAUUUUGCAAACAAAAUUGUGGAAGGAAACAUUUUUUCUUUUUUCUUUCUUUUCUUUUUCUUUCUUUUUUUUUUUUUUUUGGUGCGGGGAGUUGAACUCAUGACCAUAGUACUUGCCAGGCAGGUGUUUAUGCCCUAAGUUAAAUCCCCAGCCCCUCGGAAACAAAUUUUUGAAUCGAGGUACCACUGUACUUUCAAAACACAAGAAUCUAGUAGGAAAAGUGGCAUCGUGUUUUCUGCAGAUAUCUUUACUGAGAGUAUGCCUGGGUUUUUACCUGCUUCUCCAUUCACUGUGUGGCAGUGUCAUGUCAUGUAGGCCCUGGAAGACACCAUUAAACUGCAUUCAAGAGAGCGUGGAGCCGGACGUGUAACUCAGCAGCACAGUGCCUGCCUGGCAAGCAUGAGGUCCUGAGUUUAAUCCCCAGUACAAAAAAAGUAAUGAGAAAAACCUGUGACCAUCUAUCACUCUGAAAAGGGUUUUAGCCUCCCGAGCCCCUGCAUGGGUCUCAGGCCCUGCAGUAAGUCCCUGGGUCCUAGCCCAUAAAGCAAAGAAUGCUUCCCAGUGCCCCGAAAGCCCACGUGGGGGAUCCCUUGGCAGACUUCAGAAACCCCUGUUCCUCUGCCGGCCCCAGCCUUCUGAGCCUCUGUGUCCGGAAACAGGAGUGCAAGGGAAUCCUGUCACUCCUUGGGAGAGCCAGCCAGGAGCUGCCCCCCCCCCCCCAAAAGCAAGCCCACGUGCCUGGUCACUGGAAGACGCCACUGAAGUGGCGAUGCUACCUCUAAGUCUGGCCUUGUCCCCUCCACUUCCCUUAGGCUGUGCCCCCAGCCUGCAGGAGCCCCAGCGGAACCAGUGCUUUGUCUGGUGCACAGAUGAGGCGGGUGUGACAUUUCAAUGAGGAUUUUCCUGCAGGCACGGGAACCCCGAGUGGGGCUCUGCUCAUAACUAGGUGACCCAGCUCCCACCCCCACUGCUCUCAGUGCCUCCUUCCCUCACUGCCAGCCAUCUCCGUGACGGGCUGGGAAGGAGGGGACACAGCGAGCCUUUCCCUCUGCCCUUUACCUCAGCAGUGAUGGUCACAUCUUUCUGAUGCAGAAAGCAGCUUAUGAUGAUUGUUAGUAUGUGCCCAGGAACCUAUGAAAAUGUUUCAUCUGCACCUAUCAUGAAGCAUUUCUAUUUGCAGUUAUAAUCAGUAUGUGGUUCUCCCUGUGUGUCUAAUAGCCUCUUACGAGUAUUUCUGAUACACUGACAGAAAAGCCUCCUUUGUUGCCAGUGCUGUAGUUCCAGCACUCAGGAGGCUGAGGCAGGAGAAUUGCUGUGAGCUUGAGGCCAGCCUGGGCUGCAUAGUGAGACCCUGUCUCAAAAAAGUAGGCAAAAAAAGCCACCUUUGCAGAUUUUUCCAGUUCCCAGUGAGCCUGAACACACGAGGGAGGUUUCUUAUGCAUUCAUGUAAAAUACCGCAUCCCAGCAAGGGGUCCCACAGAGAAGACCUGGCAUCAGCAAUAACCUUUAUCUUUUUAACUGUGAGAACUUUCAUUAUUGUGAAUAAUAUUCUCAAAGGUUUACUGAAAGGGUCAUCGUUUGAUAAAAGCUGUUUACUUGAGGCUGGGCAUGGUGGUGCGUGCUUGUAAUCCCAGCACUCAGAAGGCUGAGGCAGGAGGAUCACUAUGAGUUCAGGCCAGCCUGAGCUACAGGACAAAACUCUUUCUCCAGAAAAAAAGCUGUUUUGUUGAAAGUUUAAAAGUUGUAAAAUUGUUAAUUAAACAUGUAGAAUACAUAAUCCAUGUUGACUUUGACAAACAUGAACUGAAUUUGCUAAGGGAACAAAAACUUGAAAAUUAAGCAAACGUUGUAGGUGUGGAAUACAGUUUGACCCAAGCUGUGUUUUACAUCUGUCAUCAAUUCAAGUAAUUAGGCCAGAUGUAGUGACUGCAUUUCUAAUUUUACAAGUUCUGGCUUACUGGUUAAAUUACCAUGAAUUAUCAAAGUUAAAAAUUGCCAUGUUUUUCUCAUUCAAUAUACGUUUCAUGAUGUGUAUUGACAGUGUCCUAUAAUAUACCCAUUUAUUUCAGUGCCUUAUUUUGAAUGCAAUAUUUUGCUAAUGGUUAAAGAACUGCUCUCCGAAGGAUGAACUACUUUUCAUUAAAAGGAUCUGUGAAAUAAUUUACAUUUAUGAAAUAGUUAUUUGUGGCUAUAUUUGUAAUUUUUAUUUGACUCAGUGUGAGAAUCAACAAAUGUUUAUUAAGUGCUUUUGUUUUAAUCAACAUUACCUUCAUUUAAUACUCAGAAAUGUAAAAGUGGGUUUUUUUUUAAGAACCAGCUUCUGUGGUCCUAUGGUCGCAUUUAUAGUUUAAAUCAUCAUUUGUGUCCCAAGCAGAGCCAGUGUAUAGACUUGUCAGUGGGGUUUAUUCCUUUGUUCUGUGUUCCAGCAGACAAACCAUUUAUGUAAAAUUAAAGGAAAAAAAGGUCAUCACAUUAAACCCUCAAAUAGAA